AUGCCACCCUUUUCCCUCCACUUCCCCCUCUUCCUCCUCCUCCUGGUGGGCUCAGCCUCUGCGGGCCCUGGCCCCAACUUCGUGCUCAUCAUGGCCGACGACUUAGGCAUUGGGGACCCAGGAUGCUAUGGCAAUACCACACUCAGGACACCCAACAUUGACCGCCUGGCCCGCGAGGGUGUGAAGCUGACACAGCACCUGGCAGCCUCUCCCCUGUGCACACCAAGCCGAGCGGCUUUCCUCACAGGGCGGUACCCGGUGCGAUCCGGCAUGGCGUCCCGGAACCUCGUGGGCGUCUUCCUCUUCACUGCUUCCUCAGGUGGGAUCCCCCCGAAUGAGGUCACGUUCGCUCAGCUGCUGAGGGAGCAGGGGUACAGCACGGGGCUAGUAGGGAAGUGGCACCUGGGCCUGAGCUGCCACGCAGCCCACGACUUCUGCCACCACCCACUGCGCCAUGGGUUCGAGUUCUUCCACGGGGUUCCGACCACCAACCUGCGUGACUGCCGGGUGGGAGCAGGCUCUGUGUUCGGCCGCGCUUACCGCGUGCUAGUGUGGAUGCCUCUGCAGACGCUGUGCGCCUUGGCGCUGGGGCUGGCGGCGCUGCGCGCGCUAGGGACCCUGGCAGUUCCACCCUUCACCUUCCUGGCACUAGCCAUCGCGGCCGGCGCCCUCACUGGCGCCUACCUCGCCUUCCGGCACUACUUCCGGCCCGCCAACUGCUUUCUCAUGACCGGCUUUGAGGUUGUGCAGAGACCCACGGAGUAUGCAGGGUUGGCUGAGAGGCUCGCGGAGGAAGCCGUCGGGUUUCUGCACAGACACGCCCACGGCCCCUUCCUGCUCUUCCUGUCCUUCCUGCACGUGCACACGGCCCACUUCGCGGGUCCCGGGUUCGCGGGGCGGAGCCGACACGGGGCUUAUGGGGACGCAGCCGAGGAGAUGGACUGGAGCGUUGGACGCGUGCUGGACACGCUGGACGAACUGGGGCUGACCAACAACACGCUCGUGUACUUCUCGUCAGACCAUGGUGCGCACGUGGAGGAGGUCAGUGCCUGGGGCGAGAUGCAUGGCGGGAGCAACGGCGCCUAUAAGGGCGGCAAAGGUAACAACUGGGAGGGCGGCAUCCGCGUGCCUGGCCUGGUACGCUGGCCAGGCGUGCUCCCAGCGGGCGUGGAGAUCGAUGAGCCCACGAGCAACAUGGACGUGUUCCCCACGGUGGUCAAGCUGGCAGGCGCGGAGCUGCCAAGGGACAGGACCAUCGACGGCCGUGACCUGAUGCCUUUGCUGCGUGGUCACAGGACGCGCUCGGAGCAUGAUUUCCUGUUCCACUACUGCAACGCGUACAUGAACGCCGUUCGCUGGCGGCCGCCCAACAGCACCUCAGUGUGGAAAGCCUUCUUCUUCACGCCUGACUUCAGCCCUGCCAGCGCCAAUGGCUGCCUCGAUGCGCAUGUGUGCCCCUGCUCUGGUGCUGGUGUCACACGUCAUGACCCACCACUGCUGUUCGACGUCACGCAUGACCCAGGUGAGCGCCGCCCAGUGACCACAAGGGAAGAGCCGCGCUUCCAUGCCAUCUUGGCCACCAUGCAGGACGCCACCGCCCGCCAUCUGCGCUCUGUGUCCCCAACAGUGCCAGACCAGCUCUCUGUGGCCAACCUCAUGUGGAAGCCGUGGCUGCAGCUCUGAUAACUUCAUGCAGGCUGCCCCAUCCCACGGAA